GUGGGCACAGUGCUGAGGUAGAAGAUGCAGUCGCUCCCGCUAUUUGCUGGUGCUGCAGGGCGCGGCGCAGCGGUGCCUUCUCCCCACGGGUUCACCUCUCCGCUGUCACCUUCUCUCUGGUAGCGAUCGCAGUCCCGCCGCUCCAACCUUUCUCUCAGUCCUUUUUCUCUCCGCAUCUCCCUUCCUGCCUCGGGGGUCGCCUAAACUUGCAAAAUGGCUGACGACCGGGACGACGCCUCUGACCAGCUGAAGCAGUGGCGGAGCCAGCGCGGCUCUGAGAAACCAGAUGUCUUGACCACCGGUGCUGGGAACCCAAUAGGGGAUAAACUUAACAUCCUGACAGUAGGGCCACGAGGGCCUCUUCUUGUUCAAGAUGUUAUUUUCACUGAUGAGAUGGCUCAUUUUGACAGAGAGAGGAUUCCUGAGAGAGUUGUGCAUGCAAAAGGAGCAGGAGCCUUUGGUUAUUUUGAAGUCACUCAUGAUAUUACCCGGUAUUGUAAGGCGAAAGUGUUUGAACACAUUGGAAAAAGAACUCCCAUUGCUAUACGUUUCUCUACUGUUGCUGGAGAAUCUGGGUCAGCUGAUACAGUUCGUGACCCUCGAGGCUUUGCAAUGAAGUUCUAUACAGAAGAGGGUAACUGGGAUCUUGUGGGAAAUAAUACUCCUAUCUUCUUUAUUCGGGAUGCAAUGUUGUUUCCAUCCUUCAUUCAUAGCCAGAAGAGGAACCCUCAGACUCACUUAAGGGAUCCUGACAUGAUGUGGGACUUCUGGAGUCUUCGCCCUGAAUCUUUGCAUCAAGUGUCUUUCCUCUUCAGUGAUCGUGGUAUUCCCGAUGGGUAUCGCCAUAUGAAUGGAUAUGGAUCACACACAUUCAAACUGGUUAAUGCCAAUGGAGCAGCAGUUUAUUGCAAAUUCCAUCUCAAGACUGACCAGGGCAUCAAAAAUCUUCCUGUUGAAGAAGCAGGAAGGUUGGCUUCUACUGAUCCUGAUUAUGCAAUACGUGAUCUUUACAAUGCCAUUGCCAAGGGAGACUAUCCAUCAUGGUCCUUCUACAUUCAAGUUAUGACAUUUGAAGAAGCAGAGAAGUUUCCAUUUAAUCCUUUUGAUUUAACAAAGAUUUGGCCACAUGGUGACUACCCUCUCAUCCCUGUGGGAAAGCUUGUUUUGAACAGGAAUCCUGUUAAUUACUUUGCAGAGGUAGAACAGAUGGCAUAUGAUCCCAGCAACAUGCCACCUGGUAUUGAACCCAGCCCUGAUAAAAUGCUGCAGGGUCGUCUGUUUUCGUAUCCUGACACCCACAGACACCGCCUGGGCCCUAAUUAUCUCCAGAUUCCUGUGAACUGCCCCUUCAGAACUCGUGUGGCCAAUUACCAGAGGGAUGGACCAAUGUGCACUACUGACAACCAAGGUGGUGCCCCAAACUAUUAUCCAAACAGUUUUACGGGUCCAGAAGAUCAGCCCAUGUUGAGGGAGAGCCGUGUGUGUGUCUCAGGAGAUGUGCAACGUUUCAACAGUGCAAAUGAAGAUAAUGUCACUCAGGUGCGAGAAUUCUACACCAAAGUCCUGAAGGAGGAUGAACGCCAGAGGUUGUGUAAAAACAUUGCUGAUCAUCUCAAAGAUGCCCAACUCUUCAUUCAGAAGAGAGCUGUGAAAAACUUCACUGAUGUUCAUCCUGACUAUGGUGCCCGUAUUCAGGCUUUGCUGGACAAACACAAUGCUGACAGUGGGAAAAAUGAUGUAAUUAGGACAUAUACACAGUCCACAUCUCGUGUAUCUGCCAAAGAAAGAUCCAACUUGUAAAGUGUGCUGCAGAGAUUUGCUCUAUGAAUUUUUCAUCCUUUCAACUGCAGGACAACCUGUUGAAGAUGUUAAUGAAUCUAGCAGACUUCAGCACAAAACCAGAAGUGUUUUACAGGCUUGGUUUAGUAAGCUUUCAAGUCUGCAGUGGAAACUAGGUAACACAAGCUACCAAUUCUAGUGCCUUUCAACACUAGUGCUUUACUGCUUGUUAAUGAUUAAAAAUUGUCUUUUUUUUUUUUAGAAGCAAACAUAAAUUUAAUCAAAAUACUGUUUCUUUUUUUUUUAAUUUUUUUUAUUGUAAAACUUUCCUGGAUAAAUUGCACAACAAACAUCCUAUAAUGAUACUGUGAUUAUCCUUAUGGAUAAAACUUGUUCAUGUUAAAGUUUGUUGCUAAAUGUUUCUAAUAAGAUAGUUAUCUGUAUGUAUUUGUAGGCACUUUCUUCCUUUGAAUUUCAUUUUUACCCUUCCAGAAGUAAAAUGAUAGAUAGUAGUUGGCAAAAGGUUGGUUAAGUCUCAUUCCUAAUGAUCAAAAUAAAACUAAGUAGAAAGUUUAGUCUGAAUAUUGAACUUUUGUUCCCAAUAUAUAUUUUAGGUUGAUCUUUGCUUAUUAAUGCUAGCUUGGGAUAUAAGUGACCUAAGUGAGAUAGGAAAGGAUAUUUUCUUAUUACAUACACUUUGACUAAAUCUAUUACAUUUUACUUUAGGAAGAACAAUUUCCCUCUGUAAUCUUUAAGAAUUUAAGUAGGAAAAUUAAUUUUCCAAAAUUCCAAGCUUAUACACUUCCAAAGCUCUAUUCCCAAUGGCUCUUGAAGUUGUUAUAUUACUGCCUCAUCUGAUAUUACAUCUUUUGGUCAAGCCAGAGCUAGUUUUCAAAGUUAGACUUCAACUGAAGAAGCAUGUUUUUAUGAAUGUCUGGAUCUCUAGCUGGAUACCUGUGUAAAACCUGCUUUUAGGCAUGUUGUCAUGUUGCCUGUUACCUGUGAUAUAGGUGAAUAACAUUCUUCUGGAAUUCAGUUAAAUUUUUACCUAGUGAAGCAGGUUGGAGCUGAAAGAGCUACAUCAAUAGGUGGGAAUAUUUCUUGCUGGAGCAUAGAAUCCCAAUGAGUUUUGGAAAAGAAUAAACAAGGCUUAAUCUUUGCUUUCAGUUGUGUCUGUUAAAUGAGUUAUACUGUCUUCCUCUUUUAUUUCUGAAAUAAAACUGUAUUUAAAAAUCCC